AUGACCUGGGGCAGCUCACUUCCCAUCCCCGGGUCCCGCGGCCUGGCGAGGUCCUCGAGAGGCUCAGAGAAACCCAAGGGCCGGGCACAGCACCUGCCGGGGUCUGGCCCUCCACGUCCUCCGCAGAUGGUGGUCUUGGGGGUGGACGGGGUGGGUGGUUGGCUGGCUGUGCCCAGGGGUGUGGAGUGCGAGCACGUCUCACCUCCCCACCUCCUCUGUGGUUUGUGUUGGGCCUACGUCUCUGGUUCCCUGCUGUCGCCCCAGAACCUAGAACACUGCCUGACCCACGGGCCUGUGGCUCAAGGCCUGGCCCAGCCCAUCCGCAGCCUUGGGCCCCCAAGGCAGCGGCCAAGCCAGUCCCCAAGCCCUGAGUGCUUAGGGGUCUGGUACGGCCCACCACGAGGGCACCACGUCCAUGCUCCUUCCCGAGGCUCUCUGCUGGCCCCGUUCCCCCGGCCGCUCCAGAGGCCAGAGUCGGCCCGGAGGGCGGCGGGGUGCGCGCAGAAGGCUAGAGGCUUUGGCAGCGUGCAGCGAGGGCGGAGAAGCAUGCGGGGCAAGGACCGGCCGGCACCCACGCAGUGCUUGCAGACCCAGUGCUUCGACCCGCUGGUCCGCAACUGUGUGGCCUGCAGUCUCCUCCGGACGACGGAGCCUAGACCGGCCUCACCUUCCUCCGGCCCUCCCCCUCUGCCUGGGACGGCGCUGCAGCCGCAGGAGUCGGCGGGCCCGGGGACCCCCGCGGAGGCCGAGGCGGCGCUGCCGCUCCCGGCGCUGCUCUUCGGAGCCCCCGCGCUGCUGGGCCUGGCGCUGGCCCUGGCCCUGCUCGGGCUGGUGACCUGGAAGCGCCGCCGGCGACGGAGGCUGGGCACGGCGAUGGCCCCUGAGACUCCCGAGGCCCCGGAGGUCCCAGAGGCCCCGGACGGAGACCCAGACUCCCCAGAGCCCCUGGACGUUGACACCACACUCUCCCCCGGAACCCUGGAUGCCUUGGCACCCAUCUGGCUUCCGCCCAGUGAAGACCCGGCGGCCACCCCACCUGCCCACAGCGUCCCUGUGCCAGCCACAGAGCUGGGUUCCACUGAACUGGUGACCACCAAGACAGCCGGCCCUGAGCUACAGUAGUGACUGAGGAGGGCAGCAGGUGGCCCCCGCCCUCUCUAUGGGCCACCAGCCAGACUUGGAGGUUGAAUUCAGUUCUUCACCCCGGUGCCCACUGUCCUUUCUGGGAGCCCACCUGCUCCCCAGCUAACCCUGCAGAGCUAUAGGCACCCAGACCACAGGGCUUGGACUGCGUGGCAUUGUAUGGCAUGUUAGCAUUUGGCUUAAACUCAUACUGGGCUGCCCAGGCGGCGCUAGCGGUAAAGAAUCUUCCUGCCAAUGCAGGAGACAUUAAGAGAGGUGGGUUUGAUCCCUG